AUGAAAUUUCGCAAUGUCCUCAUUGACGAAUCUACACAAUCCGCCGAACCCGAGUGUAUGAUUCCUCUUGUUCUCGGUUGCAAGCAGGUCGUGCUCGUCGGUGAUCACAAGCAGCUUGGGCCGGUGAUCAUGAACAAGAAAGCCGCCAAGGCUGGUCUAAACCAAUCGCUCUUUGAACGUCUCGUCCGACUUGGUUUCACACCCAUUCGGCUUAAUAUUCAGUACCGAAUGCAUCCUUGUCUUUCCGAAUUCCCGUCGAACAUGUUUUAUGAGGGUUCUCUUCAGAACGGUGUUUCUGCUCCCAACCGGAUCCGCAAGGAUGUCGACUUUCCUUGGCCGGUUGCUGAAAUGCCUAUGAUGUUUUGGUCUAAUCUGGGUAAUGAAGAGAUCUCUGCGUCUGGAACUUCGUACCUCAACCGAACCGAAGCUUCCAAUGUAGAAAAGAUCGUGACGCGAUUCUUCAAAGCUGGCGUACGACCUUCUGAUAUUGGUGUUAUUACCCCAUACGAAGGUCAACGUAGCUAUAUUGUUACUACGAUGCAGAAUACGGGUACUUUCAAAAAGGAGUCCUACAAGGAGGUCGAGGUUGCCUCAGUCGAUGCUUUCCAAGGCCGUGAAAAGGACUUCAUCGUCCUAUCCUGUGUACGAUCCAAUGACAACCAAGGCAUUGGUUUCCUUUCUGAUCCCCGCCGAAUGAAUGUCGCCCUGACCCGUGCGAAGUAUGGGCUCGUUAUUAUCGGCAAUCCGAAAGUCUUGUCCAAACACGAACUUUGGCACCACCUUCUAGUACACUUUAAGGAGCGUAAAUGUCUCGUUGAGGGUCCUCUAACUAACUUGCAGACGUCUUUGCUUCAGUUUAGCCGACCUAAGAACGCUUAUCGCCCCCGUCCUCAGCAAGUUUCACACGUUUCUAGCGGAUUUUCCAACGGUCGCUCGGCUGGAUACAAUGGCCAUAACGCCAACCAAGAUUUUGAGUCGAGUUCGAUGCUUUCUUAUAUUCCUGAUGAUACUUCUAGCCUUCAUAGUUCGGCCCUCGGUGGUGCCGGAAUUGGUAAUACUGCUUUUCCAACAAUGUUUUCCAACUUUAAUUCUGAACAAUGGCCUGGUCUUCCAGGGUUUAAUGCGACACCAGGUGGUCGUGUAGGAAGUAAGAGCAGGGGCCGAGGGACAGAGAGCAUUGCUGGUGAAAGCGUUGCCACUUCGGAAUUCACUGAUGGCACUGCUAGCGUUAUUGGUAGCAAAGGUGUAGGACAGGGUGGCGCCAGUCUUGGCGCCGGGCUUCCUGAUGCACUUCGUUCUCGACCUACAUCCUACACCCAGAGCGACCGGCUGAAGCAGCAUGUUACAGAGGGCUCUGGUUUUCCUGCUUAUUCAAAUGGCUUCCGUCGCCGAUAUGAUGACGACGAGAAACGAGAGCAGGUAUGCCUAACAGGCAAAGAGUCCUGGUGCCGUGCAGCUCUAGACGCUUAA